UUGAGAUAUCAUUAUAGUAUUAUGAUAACGAGUACAACUUCCAGCCUUACAUAACGGUCCUAACAGACACACAAAAUACAAUCGCUCCGCCACAGAAUGCUGGUCGUCCCGCCACAACCGCUGCCGUUAUUCGCCGCCAAUUCACUCUCCGACGGCUCCUUCCGCUGUCUAUUCCGACGGAGCAGGGUUAAUUCCAGCUCCAGUUGCUUAGGGCAGCCGGUUGCGGCAGUUGCGCGUGAGGUGGAUGAUUUCACGAAGUACUCCGGCUAUGUUUUCGAGCUGAAUCCGUCGGAGGAGGAUUCUCUUACAGAGUACAAUAUCGCGAAAAUUGCUGCGUUUUAUCAGAAGAAACCGUUGAUUGUACUUCGUAGGCUUGUCCAAAUCGGUUCGACUCUCGGCAAGUGGUUCGCGGUUAGGUACAUGGAUACUGUUAAUGAACGCGCCGAUGAGAUGUUCAAAAUUAGAGCUGCAGAAUUGAGGAAGAUACUAUUACAGCUUGGUCCGGCUUAUGUUAAAAUUGCACAGGCUAUCUCAUCUCGACCAGAUUUGAUUCCACCAUCGUAUUUGGAUGAGCUAUCUCUGUUGCAAGAUCGGAUAACACCUUUUUCCUCUGAAGUAGCUUUUGAAAUUAUAGAGAAGGAGCUUGGCAUGCCAAUAGAUGUGAUGUUCUCUGAGAUCUCACCUGAGCCGGUCGCAGCAGCAUCACUUGGACAGGUCUAUCAAGCUAGGCUUCGUUCUACUAGAGAAGUUGUUGCUGUGAAGGUGCAGAGACCUGGAGUUCGGUGUGCAAUCUCCUUGGACAUAUUGAUUUUACGUUAUCUCGCAGGCUUAAUAAAGAAGGCAGGAAAACUUAAUACCGACCUUCAGGCAGUUGUUGAUGAGUGGGCCUCAAGUCUUUUUCGGGAGAUGGACUACAAACAAGAAGCACGGAAUGGAGUCAAAUUUCGGCAAUUGUACGGUUCAAUACAGGAUGUUGUGGUUCCUGAAAUGAAUUUGGCACAGACAACCCGGAAAGUGCUCACUAUGCAGUGGCUAGAGGGGCAAAAGCUGGCUGGGGUCAAGGAUCUUUAUUUGGUUGAGGUAGGGGUUUAUUGCUCAUUCAAUCAACUUCUAGAGUAUGGAUUCUAUCAUGCAGAUCCACAUCCCGGAAACCUUCUUCGUACGUAUGAUGGGAAGCUAGCCUACUUAGAUUUCGGAAUGAUGGGUGAAUUCAAACAAGAAUAUCGUGAUGGUUUCAUUGAAGCAUGUCUCCAUCUAGUGAAUCGUGAUUACAGUGCAUUGGCCAAGGAUUUUGUCACUCUUGGGCUUAUUCCGCCCACAAGUGACAAAGCUGCUGUUACAGAAGCUCUAACAGGUGUUUUUCGGGAAGCUGUAGCCAAAGGAGUCCAGAAUGUAAGUUUUGGGGAUCUUCUCGGAGAAUUGGGAUUUACCAUGUACAAAUUUAAGUUUCAAAUACCUUCAUAUUUCUCUCUUGUCAUCCGAAGCCUUGCUGUGUUGGAGGGCAUUGCUAUUGGCAUCAACCCAGAAUACAAAGUUCUGGGCAGUACAUACCCAUGGAUCGCUAGAAAAGUACUGACUGACAGCUCACCAAAACUGAAAGCUUCUUUAAGAGCACUUCUUUAUAAGGAUGGUCAGUUCAGGAUUGAUCGACUAGAGUCUCUCUUAUCAGAGUCCCUCCGUGCCAAGACAGAAAGAACUCUGAUAGAGAAUCAAAAUGGUGGGACUGACUCGAAGGUCGUUAUCAAGCAAAUUCUUUCCUUUACACUGGAUGAUAAGGGUUCCUUUGUCAGAGAAAUUCUGCUUGAGGAAUUUGCUAAGGGUAUGGUUGCACUUGGUGUUGCCACUAUCGAUUCAGUAACAAAUGCAGUUGCAACUACGUUACCUUUCUCUCCCUCCCGGCCAUCUUCAAUGACUGAUGAAGAUAUUACUAAUCUUAGAAAUUUGCAACGUCUAUUACUGUUGAUAUCAGGGCUCAGAGAGAACGAGAAACCCAGCAUGAAGGUUAAUGGAGUUAGCACAUCCAACGAGCAGAUAAUAUCUUUGAAUGGAGCACCUGUAUCCCUUCAGCAAUUUGAAGCUGUCCAAGAAUUUCUACCCCUUCUUUCAGUUCUACCUGAGCUUCCACAAGAAAUGCGACAACAGUUACUUCGCUUGCCUGCUGAUUUCGCUGGAAAACUGGCUUCCCGAGUCGCUGCAAGGACGCUAAAGAGGGUAUUCUUGUGAAAUAUUUCAGCUUAUCAUGGAAAAAGCAAGACAUUCGAUAUUGGUCCUCUUCAAAGAGCUUUUUGGUUUGUGGGGGUGUGCAUUGAUCUAAUCAAACUGGCCAGUCCUGAAUGAAGAGAUCUUAGUUGAUUUUAUCUUAAAAGGCGGAGAAGCUCAGUCCCCCGAACCUAUGCAGUUGCAAGAAAUGCAGAAGUCUAAAGAUAUAUAUGUAGUAUAAAUAUAGCAUAUAUGAAGGCAAAAUGUUGUAAUUCUCCUAUUACAAUACACUGCUGAUACCUGUCAAAAUUUGCACUGCUGAUUUUUUUUUUCCUUAUACCAUUUGAGUCAAGUGUACAAAAUUUGCUACUCCAUAUAAUGUAAAAAUACAAAUAAGAUAUCUUGGUUACACAA